GGGGACUUGAAACUGGAGCGAGACGGAGUCAGAAGUAGAUACAACAACACCAGCCGCCGCCGCAAUGGAUAAUCCUGAAGACUCCCGUGUGGCUGCAACAAUGGGAUUCUCUGGAUUUGGCAAGAAAGCCCGGACGUUCGACCUGGAAGCCAUGUUUGAGCAAACUCGUCGUACAGCCGUAGAGAGAAGCAGAAAAAAAUUUGAAGCACAAGAAAAAGAUGAGGAAGAAAACAAGCAGAAAUCAAGUCUGGUGUCCAGGACCGCCGCAAGCGGAUCGGGGCUAAAAAAAGAGAGAGAGUCCAACUCCAGUGACUCUGACGACAGCUCUGAUGAUGAGUUGAUUGGCCCCCCGGCACCAGGCAGCAGUUCUCAAGCUCCUGAUGAUGAGAUGAUCGGCCCUCCGCUUCCUCCUGACUACAAAGACAGUGAUGAGGAUGAUGAAGAGGACGACGCAGAUGAUGACAACCCCAUAAAAAGGAUCCCGGACUCGCAUGAGAUCACACUGCAGCACGGCACCAAGACUGUAUCUGCUCUGGGGUUGGACCCCUCGGGCGCGCGCCUGGUCACCGGCGGCUACGAUUACGACGUCCGGUUUUGGGAUUUUGCAGGAAUGGACGGUUCUCUCCAGGCUUUUAGGUCUCAUCAGCCGUGUGACUGCCAUCAGAUAAAGGCUCUUCAGUACAGCAUCACUGGAGAUGUCAUCCUUGUCGUAGCUGGGAACUCACAGGCCAAAGUGCUCGACCGAGAUGGCUUUCCUGUAAUGGAGUGUGUGAAGGGUGACCAGUACAUUGUGGAUAUGGCGAACACCAAGGGUCAUACUGCCAUGCUUAACGGGGGAUGUUGGCACCCAAAAAUAAAAGAAGAAUUUCUGACUUGUUCCAAUGACGGAACCGUCCGGACUUGGGAUGUUUCCAAUGAUAAAAAGCACAAAAGUAUCUUUAAACCUAGAUCAGCACAAGGUAAACGAGUCAUCCCAACCUGCGCCACGUACAACAGAGAUGGCAAACUUCUAGCUGCUGGAUGUCAGGAUGGCUCUAUACAGAUCUGGGAUCGAAAUAUGAGUGUCCACACAAAAUUCCACUGCCGGCAGGCUCAUACGCCGAGCACUGACCCUUCCUGCAUUGCUUUCUCGUAUGGCGGUACUGUAAUAGCCACACGAGGAGGAGACGACACUUUGAAAACGUGGGACAUGAGAAACUUUAAGAAGCCUCUUCACGUGGCCUCCGGAUUGCCCAACUAUUUCCCAAUGACUGAUUGCUGUUUCAGCCCCGAUGAUAAACUCCUGUUAACGGGGAUUUCAGUUAAAAAAGGAGAAGGCAGCGGCAAACUGUUCUUCUUCGACAUGGUCGAUUUCAAGAAGGUUUAUGAAAUCGCUGUCACAGACGCCAGCGUUGUCCGAUGCCUGUGGCACCCCAAGCUGAAUCAGAUCAUGGUGGGCACCGGUAACGGCUUAGCCAAAGUUUACUAUGACCCAUUCAAGAGCCAGAGGGGAGCAAAGUUAUGUGUGGUGAAGACAAAAAGGAAAGCCCGGCAAGCGGAGACCCUUACCCAGGACUACAUUAUCACACCGCAUGCUCUCCCCAUGUUCCGGGAACCUCGACAGAGGAGUACGAGGAAACAGCUGGAGAAGGAUCGUCUGGACCCGUUAAAGUCACACAAACCGGAGCCACCUGUCGCCGGGCCAGGUCGCGGUGGCCGCGUGGGCACACAUGGAGGUACCUUGUCAUCUUUCAUCGUGAAGAACAUCGCCCUGGAUAAGACGGAUGAUAGUAAUCCUCGAGAAGCCAUUCUUCGCCAUGCAAAGGACGCAGCGGACAACCCCUACUGGGUGGCACCGGCCUAUUCCACGACGCAGCCCCAGGCCGUGUUCGCCGAGGUGUCUUCUGAAGAAGACGAACCAGACAAUGAGCCAGAGUGGAAAAAGCGUAAAAUCUGAAAAAGCGGCACCCGAGAUGUGUAAAUGGAAACUGAUGCGAUGUGUAUAUUUUAUUACCAUUCUUUUUAUAUAAAUAAAGUAAACUGCACACCA